AUGCUGCCAUAUGGUAUCAGCAGUGACCUUUUCAGCGGUGCUCCUGCUACGAACGUUGGUGGAGCGAGCGUCGCUGGGAGGAAGAGGGGAAGUCCCGAGGUCCCCACUGGCGGCGCUACAGCCGCUCUUCAGUGGCAGCACGGCAUGCAGACCCCCGGAAACGGCUGCUACAGCCGCAGUGAGCUCGGACAUAUGAACCAGAGUGGUGUUCUAGAAGGCAUGCUCUUCAAGGAUGCAGACGCAGUGCCGGUGGGGGCAGUGGCAGUGGCAGUGGGGGCACGAGCACACUCCACUGUGUCUCCUCUUCGCGGCACCAUGGCGGUGGCAGCACGGCAGCACAUGCACCUCCUGCUCCAGCAGCAGCGGCUGCAGCAGCAGCAGCAGCAGAAGCAGAGGUUUGAGCAAGCGUCCCACAACCCACUGUCACCGGAGGCAAGGAAUCAGCACUCCCGGGGCAGUGCAGGCUCGGCAGGCACAGGCACGGGCGGUGAAGGCUCGGCGCGUACAGGCUCGGGCGGUGCAGGCUUGGCAGGUGGCCCAACAACCAGCAGCAGUGGGCAAGUGGGUGGGGAAGAAGGCACAGAGGGCAUGCGAGGCAUGCAAGGCAUAGGAGACAUGGAAGACAUGGAAGGCACGGGUCAGUGGCAAUCUGAUGAGGACUUUGGGGAAGCGGCGCCUGCACAAGAUGCUGAGUGGAGCACAGAUGCCCUGGAUGAUCCCAAGCGCCACAAGCGUUGCGCCAUGCAAGACGACUGUGGCACGGAUGACGAGUGGCUGCCUCGGUGCCAGGGCGUGAGGUCAGGUUCGGCGCCGAACCAGAGGAUCAAGAGCCGGAGCAUGGCGGAGCGGCGGAGGAGGGAGAGGAUCAGCGAGGGGCUGCAGAGGCUGAGGGCGAAGGUGAGGGGGCGAGGGGACACAUGUGCUAUGCUGGAUAGAGCAGUGGGGUAUGUAGAUGCUUUGGAGCGAAGAGUGAUGGAGUUAGAGCAGGUAGUCAUGGCGGCUGCUGGGUCUGGGAGGAACGUUUUCCCCGGCAAUGCGUUUGCCGGUGGUUCUUUUGCCGGUCGCAAUUUUGCCAGGAAUGUCUUUGUGAAUAACGCUGCAGCAUUGACGACGGUACCGGCUACGUUGACAUCGGUCCCGACUGGCCUUGGUGGUGAGCCAUGGCUGGACACAAUUUUGGUCUAA